AUGGGCUUCGCCGAGCUGCGUCUCGGCUCCUACGUGCCCCCAAUCCACUACUGGCACGGCAUAUCAGACGCCUUGCAGGCCCUCGCGGGUGCCCCCGCGGUGAUCACGGCCGCCGUUCCUCCUUCGGGCUCCAUCGAGGAACGCGCCGCGAAGCUGGGCGCCGACAUCGCCGCCAAGGCCGGUGGUCGCGCUGUCAACAUUAUCGCGCACUCCAUGGGCGGCCUUGACGCCCGCUACAUGAUCUCCCAUCUCAAGCCCGCCAAUGUUGACGUGCUGAGCUUGGUAACGGUCGCCACGCCGCACCGUGGGAGCGCUUUUGCUGAUUACCUGCUUAACGGCCAAGGGCCCAUCAAGCUCGCUAAUUUGUACGGGCUCAUCGAGCGGGCUGGAUUAGGCACGAAGGCCUUUGGGCAACUAACGAGAGAGUACAUGGAGGGCGAGUUCAACCCCAAGACACCCGACAACGAGAAUGUGAGGUAUUUCAGCUAUGGCGCUUGCACCAGCACACCCCCACUUCUCAGCCCCUUCCGGCAGAGUCAUCGUAUUCUGAAGGAGGUUGAGGGCGCGAACGACGGGUUGGUAAGUGUCUCGAGCAGUCGGUGGGGCGACUACAAGGGAACACUGGUCGACGUGAGCCACUUGGACCUGAUCAACUGGUCGAACCGGCUGAAGUGGACGCUCAGGCAGGUAUGGUCAGGGCAGACGAGAACGUUCAACGCCGUUGCCUUUUACCUUGACAUCGCCGACAUGCUGGCUAAAGAGGGGCUGUAA